AUGGCUCUCGCACGCUCUUUACGACGCACGAAUCCGAUCACUAUCGUCUUAGCCGGUCUACUAGCUAUAGGAUUCCUCUUCUUCAUCUUCUCUCCGACCUCCACGGCGGCUUUUACUUCGCAGGAACGACAUGAUGACGCUGCCCAGAACCCUCUCUCGCCGCCCACAAAGCCAUUUCACAAGUCUCAGGCUGUUGGCGGAGGUAGGAGGAUACCCCCUCCCGUCGUACACUACAACAUGAACAACCUUACCUCCACCGGCACCGCGGCCAGCAACCGGGAACGUAUCCUCGUCCUCACCCCCUUGGCGCGGUUCUACCCCGGUUACUGGGAAAACCUCUCCAAGUUCACCUAUCCUCACCAGUACAUCUCCCUGGGCUUCAUCAUCCCCAAGACCCGUGAAGGAAACGCAGCCUAUGCCGCUCUACAGUCCGCCAUCACGAAGGUCCAGUCCGGUCCGAUCGAUGACCGGUUCGCCAGCAUCACCAUCCUCAGACAGGACUUUCCUCCACCCCUCCAGUCACAGGACGAAAAGGAACGCCAUAAGCUGGAAAACCAAAAGGUACGCCGGGAGUCGAUGAGCCGUGCUCGCAACAGCUUGCUCUUCACCACCUUGGGCCCGUCGACGUCCUGGGUCCUCUGGUUGGACGGUGACAUCAUCGAGACACCCCCGACCUUGAUCGAGGACAUGACCAGCCACGACAAGGCCGUCCUCGUAGCAAACUGCUACCAACGAUUCCUCAACCCCGACACCAAGGAGAUGGAUAUUCGACCAUACGACUAUAACUCCUGGACCGACACCGCUCGAUCCCUCGACAUUGCCAAAAACUUGGGCCGCGAUGAGAUCAUGCUGGAAGGGUAUGGCGAACUACCCACCUUUAGAAACCUGAUGGCUCUUAGCGCAGACAGGUCACCAGAGAGGAACACCAGCGAGAUAAUGGAGCUGGACGGUGUCGGUGGCACCGCGUUAAUGGUCAAGGCUGCCGUUCAUCGUGAUGGGGCCAUGUUCCCUCCCUUCCCCUUCUACCACCUUGUUGAGUCCGAAGGCUUUGCCAAAAUGGCACGAAGACUUGGAUGGAAGUGCUACGGUUUGCCUAACUAUUUUGUAUGCUCCCCCUACGCUCUGCUCUGUUGGUGA